CGUUAAGUAGUUCAAUAGGAAGCACAGACACAAAGACAAAAGGAAUGUGUGUGUGUGUGUGUGUUGAGAAACAUGAAAUAAGGUGAUGAUAAUCUCUUCUUUAGGCGGAUAGGAUUUAUAAAGAAGAAAAAAGCUGAUUUAAAUCGAAAAAUCAAUCAUCGAUCAAAUUGUAAACAUCAUUGAUCCUGUAUCAUCAUCUUCCGAGAAAAACACACAAAAUGAAUAUUGAAAAACCACAAAUCGAAUCACCAUCAUCAUCCGCAUUACCGUUGCCGUUACCAUUAAUACAUCGUACAGGUGGAUUUUCCGUUAUAACCGCUACAUUUUUUAUUGUUGGUGAAUUGGCUGGUGGUGGUCUACUUUCAUUACCGCAUGCUAUUUCAUUGGCAAGUUGGUAUGGUAUACCGAUAAUAUUUUUUGCAUCAAUUUGUGCUAGUAUUGCUGGUUAUUAUCUGGCAAAAUCAUGGAUGAUUUUAGAACAACAUUUUCCGGAAUAUCGUCAUUCAUUAACACGAAAACCAUUUGCAACAAUCGGUCAAUAUGCAUAUGGUAAAUGGAUGAGUAUAUUCGUAUCCAUAUUGAUGAAUGUAACAAAUACCUGUGCAACAACUGUAUUCAUUCUGUUUGCAAGUGAUUUACUUUCACAAUUGACAAAAUCAUUUAUCGGUUAUGAUAUUUGUCAAUGGAUACCGAUUACAAGUGUUAUUUUCUUAAUACCAAUAUUAUUCGGAUCACCAAUUGAUUUUUGGCCAAUCGCAUACGGUGCUACAUUAUCAACAACAAUCGGUUCAAUUUUAUUGAUAAUAUCGUUAGCCAUUCAAGUCAAACGUCAUGGUACAAGUAAUGAAUUUCAAAUACAGAAUUUUGAAAAUUUUUCCAGUUGUUUUGGUAUUGCAUUCUAUGCGUUUGGUGGUGCAGCAGCAUUUCCUAGUUUUCAAAAUGAUAUGCGUGAUAAAAAUCAAUUUAGUAAAGCAGUUAUAUUUGGUUUUUUAGGCUUACUAUUGCUUUAUGUUCCGGUUGCAACAUUCGGUUAUACAGCAUUCGGUAUUUAUUCAGAAGCAAAUAUUUUAAAUAAUUUUCAAUCAGAUUCAUUAUUGAAUAUAUUCAUUACGAUUGUACGUUGUUGUUUUCUUGUACAUUUUUGUACGGUAAUACCGAUUACAAUUAAUCCGGUAUUUUUAGAUUUGGAAGAAUUAUUACGGAUACCGAAAGCCUUCACAUGGAAACGGUUAUUAUUUCGAACGUUUAUGUUAAUAUUGAUGACAUUUUUGGCUGCAACAUUUCCAAAUUUUGGUCAAAUUCUUGAAUUGAUUGGCGGAUCAACAGUAACAAUAAUGUCAUUUAUAUUACCACCAUUAUUUUAUAUGAAACUUUGUAAUGAAUAUAGUGAUGAUAAAAAUCCUAAUGAUGAAUAUCAAUGUCCAUUAUGGUUGAAAAUUGUAUUUGGUAUAUUGAUUAUAAUGGGUACUGCAAGUGGUAUUGCAUCAACAUUCGGUACAUUAUCACGUUGGCAACCAUUAGAAUCUGCUUGUUAUAUUGCUGGUCAUUAUAAAAAUCAAACAAAUUUUGAAAAAAUUCAAAUUUGGUCACUCAUCGACAUUGUUGACGAUUUUCAAAUUGUCGAAUUGUACUUUCAAUCCAAUCCAGAUAAUAUGAAACCUGUGUAAAAACAGUAUUCGGAAUACGGCCAUUAUUACAGAUACCCGGGCCAAAUGAUACUAGUCCAAAUUGUACAUAUUGUUGUCCUUGCCGAAUGAUU